AUGGCUGAUCAUGUCCAAAACCUGGAAGAAAAAGUGGAAAUGCUUGAGACAAGGAUUGCAGAUGCAGAAGAUAGAGCGAGGAGGAAUAACCUCCGACUGCGUGGUGUACCAGAAUCCGGACAUGCUGGUCAUGAUGGAGUCAGCAACUCACCAUCCACAACGCAAGCGGACACCGGAAUGGCGUACCGCCUGCAUGAGACUUUCCUAAAGGCACUGUGCAGUGGGCC